AUGACUCAGUUUAUGGAGGCGUUGGCUAAUGUCACCAGAGGUCAAGAGGAUUUGAGAGUUCUCGUCGAGAAUUCUAGGAGAACUGAGAAUGUUGGAGGACAAUAUGGGUUAUAUGAUGACGUAUCCGGACGGAUUGAGAACAACCAUGAUGAGAACGAGUUCAGGCAGCCUGCCCAUGUGCCUUAUAAUCCUUUCAACCAGAAUCAGGGGUUUCUGCCGCCGCCUCCGUCUCGUCUCCUUGGAGGAAGAGGUCAUUAUAAUCGGGGAAAUCAAGACUUUGAUUUCGAGAAUGUGGAUCAACUAUCGAGGCACAGUGCUGAGGGUGUGCAGGAUGAUGGUGGUAAGAUUCGUCUGAUUGAGGAACGUCUCCGAGCUGUUGAGGGUAAGGGUGUGCUUGGUAUGGACAUCACUGAUCUAGGAUUGGUUCCUGGCGUAAGGGUUCCUCCAAAGUUCAAAGUGCCGAUUUUUGAUAAGUACAAUGGAGCUACCUGUCCCAUGACGCAUGUCAAAGCGUACUAUCGCAAGAUGUCAGUUUAUUCAGAGGAUGAAGGUUUCUUGAUGCACUUCUUCCAGGAUAGCUUGGCUGGAGCUUCCUUGGAAUGGUACAUGCAACUUGAGCGUGCUCACAUUCAUUCAUGGAGAGAUCUUGUUGAGGCUUUCAUUAAGCAUUAUCUGUAUAAUGUUGAUAUGGCACCGAAUAGAACUCAGUUGCAGAGCUUGGUUCAAGGCUCUAAAGAUUCAUUCAAGGAGUACGCCCAGAAGUGGCGUGAGCUAGCUGCGAGAGUUCAGCCACCAAUGACUGAGCGCGAGAUGAUUGAUAUGUUCACAAGCACUCUGUCUGGACAUUACUAUUUGGCUUGUAGUACGUCUGCAAGUUUUGCUGAAAUGGUUAGAUGUGGUGAACGCGUCGAGAUGGGCUUGAAAAUGGGAAAGAUACAGUUGGGUGGUGUCGCUAGUUCUACUGGUGGAAAGAAACCGUCAGAGGGUUAUACCAGAAAGAAAGAAGGAAACACGGAUGCGGUGUAUGGGCGAAGUGGCCAAGGAAGAGGCAAUUCUCAAGUCAAUGCUAUUACUAUUCCUGUGCCGCAACAACAACAAGAACAUGGGCAGCGCCCUCAAUAUCAGAAUAACCAGUAUCGGCAGAGAAGGGAUAGAAAGAUUGAUCCGAUUCCCAUGACAUAUGCUCAGGUGCUACAACACUUGCUCAAGAUUGAUAAGAUCACUUUGAGAGAUGCUCCGAAUGCUCCGGAUCGUCAGUCUCCGAACUAUAAUGCGAAUGCGCGGUGUGCUUUCCACUCAGGUGCUGCUGGACAUGAUACAGAGAGGUGUAUUGCAUUGAAGAAUAAAGUCCAAGAUUUGUUGGAUCAAAAGGUUAUUCAAUUCACUCCGACACCUAACAUUGUCAAUAAUCCGAUGCCAACUCACGGAGGCUCGGGUGUGAAUGCCAUUGAGAGUGAAGAGAUAAAUGUGAUAUCUGAUGUGGGCUGUUUGACUUUUCCUCUUGUGUCUGUGAAGCAACAUCUGGUUAAUUGCGGCAUCUUCCUGGGUUGUGGUAUUGAUUGUAAGAAUUGCAAGAGUCAACCCGAGGGUUGCGCCGAUUUGAAAAGUAUGGUGCAGAAACUGAUUGAUGAGGGUCCUCUUCAACUUUAUCGAAGGUUGAGAGGUGCGGAGAGUGAGAAUGGUGAAGUGUCUGUGAUUUCAAUUCCUUAUGAGCCGGUUGUUCCAAUCUGUAUCCAAGUGCCUAUUCAGAUACCUGUUAGUAUCCCAUAUGAGGAACAACCAGCGGCGUUGAUGAUUACCGUGCCAGGACCAGUUCCAUAUGAGAGUGAGAAGGCCGUUCCUUGGCAUUAUGGGUCUGAUGUGUACUACUAUGGCACCAAAAAGGAAGAGGGGCCACCUGGAGGAAAGUUUGUGGAGGCCGCAAUUGCAAACAACGAUAAUUUCGCCGGUACUGGUAGAAUCACUCGCAGUGGUAGGGUGUUCUCCCCUCAGCCAAUACAAAACAAUACAGAUGCUUUGGCUAAGGCUAAAGGCAAACAAGUGGUGGCUGAUGACCAGAAUCCUCCGACUCAGAAGGGGGCACCUGACAAUACUGUGUCUUCCAAGGAUGUGGAAGAAUUGCUGAGAAUCAUCAAGAAGUCUGAUUAUAAAGUUGUUGAGCAGUUGGAGGCGGUAGCCAAUAAUAUCUCCGCUGGAAAUGGUUUGGGAUUUACGGAUCAUGAUCUUCCUCCAAAAGGGAGAAACCAUAACAAGGCUUUGCAUAUUUCGAUUGAGUGUAAGAGGACGACCUUGUCCCGUGUUUUGGUUGAUACUGGGUCUUCUUUAAACGUGCUUCCCAAAUCAGCUCUAAUGAGAAUUGACUAUGCUGGUGUGGAGUUAAGGCCUAGUGAAUUGGUGAUCGAAGGUGAAAUACAUGAGACGCCGUUCCAAGCGUUUGAGGCUGUGAAUGCUGUGAAAACCCCUCUUUGUGAGUUAAAGAAGCCGGAAACGAUUAUGUCUUCCUUGAAGGAUGCACAGGUGGUUGUGGAAACUGGUAAAAGUGAGGGGUGGGGACAGAUGAUUGAUGUGCGCCCUAAGUUCAAUAAAAAUGGUCUCGGUUUCAACCCUGGUAGGCAAAGCUUUACGUCUCCAACAUCAAGUUUCACUCCAGUCAGGUUUGUGAGGGGUGGCGUCAUCCAAGAUGGUAAGGUCAAUGCCAUUGUCAAGGGUGAAGAGGUGGAUAGUGACUGUGAUUUUGAUAGCUGGAUCCGCCCAAGUAUUCCUGGAACAAAGCUCAACAACUGGACAAUUGAAGAUGUCAUUCAAGUCACACAGGCUCAGGAGUAA